CGCCAAAUUGGUUGCAAUAUGUAUAAACUCGUUAAACCGUCGGGUAAUAAGAGUUACAAUGAAUUGGUCACUGAUUUUUCGCUGCAAGUGUUACAUCAAGAAUUUAGCAUUACGGCGAAACAGUUCUUCAAUUUGGAUCUCAGUCUUUUGGGCAAUAUGAUUGCAUCCACUGUCACCUACCUGGUCAUACUCGUACAGUUCAUGUUCGCCGACAAGAAUAAAGCUGCGCCAACACUGAUUGCAAAUAGGUUUGUGAACUCUGGAAAUACCACCGUAACAACGAGCGAGUAGAAGCAUUUUAAAAAUUUGAUAAUUUCAGAAUAAUUACGGGAAUAAAUGUAAUUUUUGAGAAUUUUAUCAAU